AUGGCAGAACUUCACACUCGAAGACGACAAACAUUUGAAGAAAAUUUUACCCAAAACGAAUCCUUUUUAAAUUCUCUCCCUCAGCUUGCUCAGGCUCCACAAGUGACAUUUGAUUUAAACGUCGACGGUCUCCGUCAAUUUUUAAAUGAGAUGAGUAGCACCGUAAAUCAGCAUAGCAAGUUCUUAAAAUCUUUAUUCAAAGAACUCAACAUAAAAGUACCAAACGGCGAUAUUUUUCAAAUAUUACAAUCGCUAUCAAGCUCAAUCCCAAGAGACUUCGGUGGGAGUUUAUCUAAUUUAAACAACUGGCAAGAUGGAUUGGCUUCUACUUCUUCAGGCCUCCAAGGGAUUUCUCUCCAACUCUCCAAUUUAAUUAAUUUCAAACAAGAAAUCACAACAAAAUUCAACAAUUUACAAGAAAAACUUGAAACCAAAGCUUCCCAUGAAGAGGUCGAAACUGUUUUGAGGAAAACCAAAGUAUUGCUAGAUGAAAAAGCAAGCAAAGAAGAAAUGAAAGCAAGGCUUCAGGACAUUGAGAGAAUUAUAAAAGUUACUGAAGAUAAGCUUAGCUUAAGGAUAAAUGAGCUUGAGAAAAAAUUUCAGGAGCUGGAAAUCAAUACAUUGUGGAAGCUAAAAGACUGUGAAGAACUUUUAAAGGUCAGGGUUAAUGAAAAAUUUGUGUGGGACGCUAUAAAUAGUGUUGAAGGAAAAAUUAAGAGAGAAAUUUUUAAUGAAAGCCAGGGGAGAUUGGAAAAAUUAGAAGCAGAUUUGAGGAGCCUUGGAAAAGAAAUGGGGAGGAUUCAGGAAGAUGAAGCUAGAAAAGAUAAGGAGAUAAAAGCAAAAAUCCAUGAAAUUAAUGAGCAGUUUGAUUUAAAAGCUGGAAAAAUAGAGCAUAACCAGCUAGCACAGCUGAUAAAAAACUUAGCAUCUGAGCUAGAUGCUUUAAAAGCAAAACAGACUAAUGAAUAUGACGAAAAACUCAAAAAUUUAGAAAAGGAUAUCGAAAAAUUGAUGAAUUCUCAAUACAACAGUAUUAUUGAAGAACUUUCAGAAAGGGUCAAAAAAUUAGAAGAAGCUAUAACAGAGCUACUUAAUCGCCCCCCUGUGCAGCCACAAAUUAUUUCUGUUGAAAAAGUUGAGAGAAGCAGAAACCCUUCAAUAGACAGAGACCUUCUUUCACAAUUAGUCGCAGAUAUUGAAGCUUUAAAAAUUUUAAUCAAUACUAAAGCAGAUAAAGACAUCAUUCAAGAACUCCAAAGCAUGCAAAAACAACACCCAGUAAUUGUGAGCCAGCCCAGCGGAGAUAUUAAUGAGUUAUGGAAAUUCAGAGAAAAAGCAAUGCAAAAUUUCAAAGAUAUCAACGAUAGAUUUGAAAAAAUCAUAAAAAAGCUUGAGCUUAAAGGAAUUAAAAAACAAAUUUUGACGAAAGCUGAUGAUGAAGCUACAAAACGGAGUUUAAGAACUCUAGAAGAAACGGUAGAAAGGCAUGAGCAAGCUUUUGUAGGAAUUCAACGCCAAUUGGAAGCUCUUCAAAAAGCUCUAGCAAAAUUGUUUUCGAUGUUCAAUGAGUUCAGUGUCCAAUCUGGGUCUGCUCUUAUUUCAAGAAAAACCUUUGCUCCGCUGACAUGCUUGUCUUGUGGCAGAGGUGACACACAAUAUCUUCCUCCUUUACCUCAAGUUCAAGGGGCUGAUGGUAGAAUGUAUCAAGCGGAUACCCAGAUUCUUAAAAAUGUGACCCUUUCAGCCUCAAUGACUGAUUUACCGAAAAUGGACCCUGACUCUUUGUAUCAAGAAACUUCUUCUCCGAUUCCGUCUGGAGCUCAAGGAAUGACUCAAACCAUUCCUCUUAAAGGAUCCAUGAGAUCAACCCUUUCUGUUGUUAUUGGAAAAGAGCAAAAAGUUGCUUUUAGAAGUGAUAAGUCAAGAAAUCGGCCACAAAGUGCAAGAAUAACUAAUUAG